GCUCACGUUGUCUUCCUAACACUCGUUGACUGGUGCGAUGGCGACGCGUGAGAGCAGGACCGGCUAAUGUUACCUCAUAUGAGAGUUCAGAUUAUUAAAAAAACAAAACAAAAACAAAGCAUACAUUUUCAAUUUAACCGGCGUUAGGGGUCGUCGCACUGGUGCCAGUGUUCUCAGCGGGUUUUUUUCCUAAACUACAAAUGUCUAUCGGUGUUGUUCCGUCUUAAGUUAGCCAACCAGGUACAGUAAGCUAACCCGAGCGAGCUACCAGUGCCAGCGAAAGUUACCUUCAAACAAUUAAGGCGUUAAUACCAAGUUAAAAUUUUGCAUUUCUCCGAGGAGUGAGGGGUUCGUGCGAAAGCGAAGUUUCUCAUACAGCGUAGCUAAUAAGCCAAAUGCAGAUAGAGAUGAGGAUGGCUAAGGAGUCAGUUCAGAUACGGUGAAUCCCGCCGAGAAAUCGGCCGAGUGACGGAAUCGACAUACGUUGUGUUGUCGUAAAUAAUUUGUGAAAAACGUCUGAAGUUUGACUUACUAACAACAGCAGACAGUCUGUUUUAUAGGCCGAAUGAAAAAAGCCACAAUUUUAAGUAAAUUCUUCCGUUAUUUGUCACAGUUUUCCCACAAGCUGUUGAACUUUGUCAUAAUGCGACGACUUCUCACACGAGUCCUGAAUCGAGUUUUGCUGAGUGAGACGUUUACGCCGGCGAUGGGCGUCGAUGCAGAAAUACAUACACACGGCCGCCGAAAGCUGGUGGUGGGGCUGGGUAACCCGGGGAUGGAGGGUACCAGACACAGCAUCGGCAUGGCGGUGCUCGGUGCGCUUGCGGCCCGGCUCGGUGUGGCUGACCGUUGGCGCGGCGACAAGCACGUGUCCGGUGAGGUCAUCGUGUCAGAGGUCCAACGCACACAUGUGGUGCUGCUCCGUCCCAGGCUGCUGAUGAACGUCAACGGAGUGACAGUGGCCAAAGCAGCUGGUAAAUACGGAAUCCGGCCUGAGGACAUCCUGCUGGUCCACGAUGAACUGGACAAACCUCUGGGGAAGAUCGCCAUCAAACAUGGAGGAAGUGCCAGAAAAACAGAGUUUGAAGAAGAAAGAUCAGAAAGGGGUCAUAACGGAGUCCGCUCCUGCGUAGACUGUCUUCAGACUGAUGUGAUGCCCAGACUUCGUGUUGGGAUCGGCCGGCCGACAGGGAAAACAUCGGUGGAGCGUCACGUCCUGGGCCGGUUCUCCGCGGAGGAGAAGAAGGUUCUAGACUCUGUUCUGGUCCAGAGCGUGGACCUCCUCCUCUCCAAGCUCUCCCAGCAAGACUCCCAACAGGACUUCAAGUCCCCCUCCUCACCACCGGGGGGCAGAAAAGCAGCACGGAAGACAGAGGAGAGGGAGCACUCAGCCUCUCCAGCUGAGGACUGUGCUGCUGCUCAGAGCUGAAUCCCGAACUUUCUGAACUCUGUUAUCAAACACACAACUGCCUCAAGGACAAAGCACGUCACCAUGCGAAACAUAAGAGAGAGAGAGGUCCGUCAUUUCGACUGUGUUUAGUCUCUGGUGUGAGUUCACAUGGCUUCAGAGAGACAACCCAUCUCUGAAAGCGCAUGAAAAGACUCAGAACUAUGCAACAGGAGCAGAUGUGUAGUGACUGGUUUGUAUGUCAGUUGGUUAAAGAGCAAAAUUAUUUCCGCGACAAGUGAGCAGCCAGAAACCUCAAUAAAUUGAUUGUGUUUCUAUUCA